GGGACCCUUCAGUCCGCAAGCCAACGCUCUAUCCACUGAGCACCCAUUCUGUUCCUGCUCUCAGCUCUCCAGCUCCAGCAGCCUCCAGGAGCCUUGGCUCACAGGGGCAUCACUGAGCUGUCGGCUUCACGUGGCAUCCUCCCUGUGCCCUCGCCAUCUGCCCAUUUCCCUUUUAUCAGAACACAGGUCAUCACACUGGGGCCGCCCUGAUGACCUCAUCUUGAAUACACUCACAAAGACCCCAUAUCCAAAUAAGACCACAGCCACGGGUGCUGGGGUUGGUACUCCAACAUGUUUUGGGGACAAAUGCUUCAACUCCUAAUGAAGUCUGUCAGUUCAUUGUCAGCACACACUGAGUAGGGAAAGUGGGGAAGAACUGGGCGUGAGCUCCAGCUUGGUGCCCUGACCCAGCCCGGGGACAGAGCCGCUGGGCUCUGCUGAACGUGGUGGCCAGCAUGUCGGAUCCUGCAGUCAGUGGCUUCUAGAGAGCCUGCCCUAGGCCUGGCCGAGUGUUGACAGGAUCCCCAGGCUCUGGAGGUGCAUUCUGGGGUCCUCGACAUGCUCUGGCUGGCAGGGCUGAGCUCCUUGGCUGGAAGCUGCUGGGGAGGUUAGAGCCAGCCAAGACGCCUCUCCAGCAACCCUCGAGGACAGGACAGGCCUUGCUGCUCUCUGUGUCCUGGUGGCUGGGUGAGCGAGAGAAGCACAGCACACUGACUGAGUGAACUCGAGACCAUGUGUGCCGAGGUUCAGACACUUCACUGAGGGAGGAUCAGCAAAUGGGAUUGUCCUGUCCAGUCCAUCACUAUGAGAGAGAGCCACCCAACACAUGGCCUGUGAGUCUUUAUGAUAACCUGCUGGGGAAGAUUGCAGAGAGGAUUCAGUGGGGUGAGGAGCUGGGAACUGAGCUGUGGACCCAACAGACCCCUCCAUUCAAGGCCAGGGCUCAUCUGCUGAUGCCCGACCUCUGUAUCACAUGAGAACAGUUCCUGCAAUCUCACACAUGUACACACGUAUACAAAAUAUUGUAUGUGUGCCUGUACAGGAGGCAGGUCUGCAUACGUGCACAUACCAGCAUGCACACAUACUGACACAUGUGCACACAGCGUGUUCCUGUCCAGUCACCACUCAGUUCUCACCUUUCCUGCCCCAGCCCCCAGGACCCUCUUCAUCAUCCAACAUCACAAGCCCUACGGUGUCUAGGCCUCCAUUGCCUGCCUUCUGAGCAGUGUGUGGAGGGACAAUGUUCCCUCUCAUACCCAGUAUCAUAUGGGAUAUGUCCACGGAACCUCUAUUUAAGAACCAGUAUCACCUCUAACAAUCAUGUCCCAAUGGAAUGAGCAGCUGUAAGCAGUAGUGAGUUUCCCUUCACUGGGGGUGACCAAGCACACACUGGCCACCUCUCUGACCGGCUGUUGGGAGCUGGAGCAUUGGGCCCAAGUUUCCAUGUGUCCAUCACGUUGGGUAGCCGUGAGGUUGCCUCAAGUCAGGAUUUCCCCUCCAUGCCCACCCUCCCUCCAUAAAAGCUCCACACACUGAUACUGGGGGCCACGGUCACAGUGGCUGGUGCCCCCAGUGCAAGGGCCAUCUGCUCAGGGCCUGGGACAGAUGAGCCCCAGCUUCAAGACCUGGUUCUGAGCACUAUUCCAAGAGUCCUGGUGCCAGGCUCACCCCUGGCCUGGACCUUCACACAUGUGUCUGCAGUAGAGAGCACAAACGGGCUCACACCCCUAACCCUCAGGGACAUGCUAGCAUGUCUGGGGCCAUGCUAUUUGGGGACUCGAUGCUUUCUGUCUAGUCCGACAAGCAUUAUUGAACCUUCACUGUGGACCUGAGCAAAUGCGGGUGAUGCAAAGCAACAAGGGCUGGCUCCCACCUGGCUCAGGGGGGGUGGGGUUCCUACACUGACAGCAACGGGAGGGGCAGCAGCCUGGCUCUUGGAAGCUGGCAUCCCCAGGUGCCCAUGGGAGACUGCUGUGGUUUUCGAAGGAAAGGUGACCUCGGUUCCCUGCCAGUCCUGCUCUGGGUAAGAGAGGGGGUGGUUAGAAGUGUAUUUCCCACUGUAGGGCGAGAUGUGAGGCUUCCCUGCCAAGCACAGAAGCCCUCUGAGGACAGAAGGACACAGAGCAGACCAGAUGGGGACGCCCCUCCCUGGGCUGCGCGGGUAGGGAAGGCAAAUGCUGAGGUUUUCUUCUGUUGGUACCACUUGGGUCCCCACAGCCAAAAGUCAGUCUGUGCCAACAAAGGAGGGCAGUUCUGAGAUGUUAGUAGGGAUUGGAGACUUCCCUCCAGGCCCUUUGUUAUGGCGGCCCCGGGAAGGAGUCAACGGCCCUUAACCCAAAGGUGCUCCGAGGACCCUCGGGUCCCUGGUGCAUUUCCAAGAUGAGAUCAGCAGAUUCUCCACAGGAGUGCCCCAGCUUCCCUAAAUAACAGAGCGUCUCCCUGGGAUUAAGGAGGUCAUCUUGGCCAGUGGCCACACAAUGGGUGGCUGAGUGAGGAAGGACAGUAUGGGCAAAAGGCUGGCCCAGGUAUCUGCUAGUUUAUCUACGUCUGGGAGAGGGAGAGAGAAGGAAGAGAGGGUAUAAAUAGAAACCUUUCGAGGCCCAGGAACAGGUGAAUAAGCAGAAGGCAGUCACGUGUCCUCAGAAAGCCACAUGUGUGGCAGCGUGGUGCCAGGCCAUGGCCCACAGGAGAGACUCGCGCCUUCUCCUGUCUGUGCAGGACCUGCCCUUCCACGCGCCCUCCUGGGGUACACGCGCCUCCAGUAAGGCUGAAAGGGUGGGUCUUGUUCCCAAUUUAACCACUUCCCAGACUUUCAGAGCCUGUUUUCUCAUCUGCAAAACUGUGGGAAUGUGAGGCACUGUGUGACACAGCCCGCCUCCCACGGUCUCUGCAGGGGUUCUUCACAGGCUCGCUGCCAUAACUACCACGCCCUCCCCAGCCCACACUGUCCUUCCUCACUUCCUCUGGUGCAGCACCUGGGCCUUAAAAGGCUCUGCUGGGAAGGCAGGCCUGCUACAGGGUUGUGGCUCUCAGGGGUCCAGCCAGGUGCUGUGUCCACCGCCCAAAGACUGCCCCACCUGACCCCUGAACUCUUGAAAUGUCCACAUCCAAAGGGACCAGACACCCUGCUCUUUGUGGCACUGAGGAUUCCAAAGGACACGGAAGGAGGAACAUGCUGCCCAGAGGCACAGACAGGCUGCUGCAAAGUGCACAGCUUUGCCCUCUUUGAUUAAACUUCCUGUAACCACAUAUUUGGACCCCUUGGAAUUCCAGAAUUCCAGGCUGUGUCCUUUCUGGAUGCCUGGGGCCAACUCUUUGAGCACUGUCUCCAGGGGAAGGGGCCCACUGGAAAGGGAGGGGCCCGGCUCGCCCAGGCCAGCUGACCCCAUUGGUCACCACUAUAGCUGUUGGCGUUCAGCUUAUCAAUCUUACCGUUGCGGGUUUGAGCAGGAGGUGGGGUGGGUUAACGGGCUGGAGUCAGGGUUCUCCCAGGCUGGGUUCCACGCAAGGUCCCGCUCCCUGUGCAUGGAGCCGGCUGGGCUUCCACCCAGCCCUGACCUCCGCCCUUUAGUCUGCGGCUAGUGGGUGCGUCAGGCCCCAGGGGUCGACGUGACUCGCGGCGCGCGCCAGGGAGGUCCCGUGGGCAGGACACGCCGGCCACGCGCUCCUGCCCCCACGCCGCGCACCUGUCCUGGGCGUGGCCCCGAAGCCUGGUCCCGCGGUCCCGCCCCGCCCCGCCCCGGCCGCGCCACGCGCUGAUUGGCCGAGGCGGCGCGCUAUGCUAAUGAGUCUGACCCUGCCCGCACCUGCCGCGGCGCCGCGGACCCGCCUUCUGUGGAUUCGCAAGCGGGACCUGCACCCGCGAGGAACCAUGCCGCGCUCCUUCCUGGUGAAAACGCACUCCAGCCACAGGGUCCCCAACUACGGGGAGCUGGAGACUCAGAGAGAAAUCAAUGGCUCCUGUUCUGCCUGUGGGGGGCUGAUGGUGCCCCUCCUUCUCCCAGACAGGGCGGCCCCUCCCAUUUCUGCUGACCCUGCCCAGCCCUGGGACCACACCUCUGUCGUCACCUGCAUCUCCCUGCCCCUCCCAGAAGCUCGGGGGACCUCUGAGCCAGAUCCCUUGGAAGUCAGCCUGAUGGACCCUUGUGCUGGCCGGGCUCCCAGCGUACCCCUCAAAGACAGCCUGAGCCACCUCAAUCUGCCCCCACUGCUGGUUCUGCCCACACGGUGGCCCCCAAUUCUAGGCCCAGAAGGGGACCAGCCUCCAGAUAGACUGCUGGGGGCUGAGCAGGCCCCCUGUGCCCCAGGUGGCUUCCAGUGCAUCCAUUGCCACAAGCUCUACCACACACUGGCUGGGUUGGCCAGGCACCGGCAGCUGCACUGCCACCUGCAGGCUCAGCGCUGCUUCACCUGCAAGUAUUGUGACAAGGAGUACUCCAGCCUGGGGGCCCUCAAAAUGCACAUCCGCACACACACACUGCCCUGCAUUUGCGCCAUCUGUGGCAAGGCCUUCUCCAGGCCCUGGCUGCUCCAGGGCCACAUCCGGACCCACACAGGUGAGAAGCCUUAUGCCUGCUCUCACUGCAGCAGGGCCUUUGCCGACCGCUCAAAUCUCCGGGCGCACCUGCAGACACACUCUGACACCAAGAAAUACCAGUGCAAGAGCUGCGCCAAGACCUUCUCCCGCAUGUCGCUCUUGGUGAGGCAUGAGGAGUCUGGCUGCUGCCCCGGUCCCUGAGAGGCAUGGGUUUGGUGCUGUCGGAGGGACAAGACCUCACCCCAGAGACACCAUGGCUGGCGACCCUCUUGGCAGCCUCGUGCUGCCUGGUGUGCUCAGAGGAGCUAGGCAGACCGGGAGGGCAGGAGCUCAGCCUCCCACUCUCAGGCGCGUCCCCUGCCCACCACCUGCAUCUGUUCGGAACCAGAGCAGCCCAGCGGGCCGUCAGGACGAGCGAGGGCCCGUGGAGGUCUCCUGCCCCACUCUGCCCACUCAGAGGGGACGACUUUCAACAAAACAAGAACCUCUGUUUUGUUUUCCACCUGCCCUGGUUUCAGCUUCUGUUUCUCUAAGAGUGAAAGACUGCUGGGGGACUGUCGCCAGCAUGGACCAUGCCUGCCAUUAAGACGACGAAUGGAGCUGCCUUUGGAUCUCUCCGCAGCUCCACGUGAACAGUCUGACUUGUGCGAGCGCAUGCACAGUCCAGCCUGCAUGGGCAGAGCUACCUCAAGGCUCACCUCCCUCUGCCUUUGGCUUGGGAUCUGGGCCACGCACCCUCCCCAUCUCACUAGGCUGUCCCUAAGGUGGAGCAGCACCAGGGGGACAGGCAGCUAGGCCCCCAUCCACAUCGUGGGGCAAUAAAGAGUCCAUGUGCUCAGGCCUGUUAUGUCCUCUGAGGUUCUGCGUGUUCCCGGUCCCCCGCGUCUGUGGAGGAGCCUGAGUUCUGAGAAGUUAUCCAGAGGCAGCCGGAUCCCUGGCCACAGAGGAGGAGAAUAGGGAUCAGGGCAUCGAGCUGUGAUGUUGUUUCGGGAUGGGGAGUGAGGCUGCAGAAGGCAGGGUCCAGGUGAACAGCGGUGUCUUCUGGAAGAAAGAGGCGAGUGAUGGAACAGUAUCAAACUGUGGAAUGACUGAGGGGCAUGAGCUCGGGCUGGGGAUGAGUGAGGGCUUGCAAGCGAAGUGUGAGGAAACGGAGGCCAGAAGAAAGGGCGGGGUGGGCUGUGAGCGCGGCAUGGCUGGGCGCCAUUUCCCGCAUGGUCUAAGUUAGGAGAGAGAACCUCGCUGUAUGUGCACACCUCUCCGCGGUCACCACAAGGAUGUCUCCACUGUGCCACCUCACCCAGGGCCGUGUCUCCACGCCUGCUCACUACUGUCACCUUUGUUCUGCACACCCUCUCUUGAGGCUGCAGGCAUCUGUGACCUGAGUGAGUGGCCCAGACCUUUGACCCCGCCCUGGACACACAAACCUUCCCAAACCGACUCAGAUGCCCACACAUAAGAACCUCCUCUCCCCGCCCAGUGUCCUGCCCCCACUGCCCCAGCAUGGCGGCGUCAUUGCCUUCUCACAGGUGGACUCCUCUCACCCCCAGGCCUCCGGGUGGUCACCUGUUGGUCUGGUCCUGCCUCCUGCCAGCGUGUCUUAACCAUCUCCAGCAGGACCUGGAGGGAAGGCGGCACCCAGGACCGAAGAAGGAGGCCUGAGAGUCAGGGACACGGACUGAGCCCUUGCUGCUGGGAGGCACACCUGCUCCUCUCUGCAGGAAGGACAGCCCGCUGCCCCAGCCAAGGGAGAGCUGGGCCCUUGGUCCUGGGCCCGGAAUGGAGCCACACGGCACGUGCAGAGGCCCCCCUCUCAGCCCGGAGCCACCAGACCUGCUGAGCCUCCUCUGCGUGGACAGCAUUCAGGAGCUUUUCCAGGACCACACUGGGUGCCAAGUAUCUUACUCUGCAGCCGCCUCUGCCGCAGUCCCAGCCCUGAUGGCCCCCACCACAGGUUCCACCUGGUGCUCCUCAGGGGUGAAGAACCCUGGAUGGUUGGUUUGAUGAUGGCCGUUGGAGGGGUCUUGGGUCAUCCCAGAGGAAACUUGACCUUGGUCUUGGGGUUCUUUGGACCACGGUGACCUUGAUGAAGCAGACCACCCAGGGGAGCCCCUACCUGGCCCACACCAGACUGUCUCAGCCACUGGACUGAAGAUGUUUCUGAGCCUGGGAAUGUCCCAUUUAGCUCAUGCAUCCGUUCGCUGUGGCUGCUGUAAGGAAGUCCCACAUGCUGGGCAGCUUAAACAACAGAAAUUCAUGUUCCCACAGUCCUGGAGGCCAGCAGUCUGAGUCAGGGUGUCAGCAGAGCUGGUUCCUUCUGGCGCUGAGGAGACGUCCAGGCCUCUCCCAGGCCUGCUGAUCUGCUGACAAUCUUUGAUGUUCCUUGGUUUGUAGAGCAUCACCCCAUCUCUCCCUCCAUCUUCACAUGGUGUUCUCCCUGCCUGCGUCCGUCUGUGUCCAAAUUUCCUCUUUUUAUAAGAAAACCAGACAUAUUGGGUUAGGAUCCACCAUGAAAUGGCCUCAUCUUGACUACAUCUGCAAUGACCUUAUUUCCACAUUCUGAGGUACUGCGGGUUAAGAUCUCAACAUAUAAAUUGAGGGGACACCAUUCAUACCCCAGCAGCUGAUAACACAUGGUUUGCCAAGAGAUGCCAGGGGGGUCCUGUGCUUGGGCUUAAGGCAAGGAGAGCCGAAUCCUAAUCUCCUCCAGUCCACAAAAAACCGAGGGGCAGGGGGACUCUUACUGCCAGGGUUACUAGAAACACCUCCUCUGAAGGUUUGUGUCCCCCUGCUCAGUAUCUGGCCCCUCUCUAGUGUCUGUGUCUGUCCUCCUCCUCCUCUUCACCAUCCUGUCAGGUGGCCCUGUAGGGCUGAGAACAGGCCUGUGUCCCAACAGGAUGAUCCUACCCCCAAAAUGUCUCUUGAGGCGCCUGUCCCUUCUGCCUCUCCCCAAGCCUGGCAAAGGUGAAAGUUCCAGCCAGUGUUUGUGCUGUGCCUGGCCAGCUCACAGGAGGCUUUUAAAAAAAUAGCAUCCAGAUGCCUGAAGGAAGCUAUAUUGUAAAUUGUGUUCUAUUUCUGGGCUCCAAUAUCUAAAUGAGGCGAUGCACCUGUUGGGUAUGAAGGGAGGGAAUUUCACAGGCCUAAAAUAAAGUUGAAUGUUGCCCUCUGUGCCGGCCCAUGGAAAAUGCUCUUAUAUUUAUAUCUGGACUGGUGUAGGGCAGGGCAGUGGAGCACCGGUUGGCAGAGGGGUGAGGAAAGGCCCGGGCACCUGCCAGGAAACUGACAUGGAAUGAAUGGGGGGACGUCCCACUCAAAGCUACAUGGCUACAGUCAUACCUCGAGGCCACCACGUCUCCCACCGGCCAUGCUGCCUGCGGCAACCUUGGGGCUCACAGCUUCCACCCUGCCCUCUCCCCUGAUCGUUAGGAUUAGUUCAGAAGCCCAUUUAACAUUUGGGUUUCCAGAGCCCCCUCUCCACACCUAUAGAAUGAGAAUCAGAACAGGGUCUCAGUCUUCACAUCCAUAAGCGACACACUCAAGGGGCAGACUCAGUGAGCACCAAAGCCCCACUGAAGCAAGUCCUGCUCCAUAAGGGUGUCUCCAGCACAGCAGUUCUCCCAUUGUAGACACAGCUGGU